CCAUCUAGCUCCCAUUUCUCGACCGCCUCCUCGUCCUCCUCCGCCGCCUUCUCCACCGUCUCCGACGCUGUCCUGGAGACGUCCCCACGCCACCCUUCCCCUCUCCCCCGAGAUCUUCUCCGCGGCCCGCUCUCCUCCUCCGCCUCCUCCCGGCGCCGCUCCCUCCGCCGGCAAGAAACGCGGUCGUCUUCCGCCGCCAUCCCGGCCUUCCUCUCCGACGCCUGAGCGAGACAAGAUAGAUACCUUGUCCGCAUCCUCAGCCCCUCCAGCUGGAACCGUGCCUUAUGGAAACUAAGCAGCAUCUUGCUGGUGAUGGGCUUUCAAAAUGUACUAAUUCAGUGGAAGUGAACAAUUUGGUGGAUCCAAUGGAACUUGCAAUGGAUGGUACUGGCUCUGUAGUUGAGAAGAGUUCUGAAAAUGGGGAGGCAAUUAAGUCUAAAGAGCUUGCAGGAAGCCUGCCUAAUGAGGCAUUUGUAUAUAGGCAAGAUGUUGUCAGAUGCAAAAAGAAUGAAGGGUUGCUCGGAGUUGUGAUGGAAGUUGCUGGAGACUCAGAUUCUGAGGGCAGCAUCACAGACGACAGUGACAGUGAGGAGGAUGAACAUAGGAACGGUGGAGGCAGUGGUGGUGGUGGUGGUGGUGAUGGUGCUGGUGAUGAUGACAAUGAUAAUGAAGAUGGUGGUGAAAGUAAUGAUUCUCUACCAGAUGGCCAGAUCAGAGUAACUUGGACUGAUGGUUCUGAAACAAUGGAGAAUAUUAGCGAUAUCACAGUUGUUGAUAGAAACUUCUUGCAUGGUGAUAUGGUUGCUUCUGCUUCAGAUCCAACAGGACAAAUGGGACUUGUUCUGGAUGUUAAUAUCAUGGUUGAUCUACUAACAGCAAAUGGAGAGAUUAUAAAGAAUGUGUCUUCUAGAGAUCUCAAACGGAUAAGGGAAUUCACUGUGGGUGAUUUUGUAGUAUUUGGACCUUGGCUUGGUCGAGUAGAUGAUGUUUUAGACAAUGUGACUGUGUUGUUUGAUGAUGGAUCUGUCUGUAAAGUUGUGAAAGCUGAUCCUUUGCGUCUCAAGCCAGUUACAAAGCCAGUCAUUGAUGAUGCCAGUUGUCCAUACUACCCAGGUCAGCGUGUUAGGGCCGUUUCCUCAUCUGUUUUCAAAACUUCUAGAUGGAUUUCUGGCUUAUGGAAAGCUAACCGUCUUGAAGGUACUGUCGUUAAAAUUCAGACAGCUUCUGUGGUUGUCUAUUGGAUAGCUUCAGCUUACCUUGGUAUUGGUACUGAUUCAGCAACUGUUCCUGCUGAAGAGCAGAAUCCAGAAAACUUAAUUCUGUUAUCCUGUUUUUCAUAUGCAAAUUGGCAAUUAGCUGACUGGUGUCUCCUUCCAUCACCUCCACAGCCAUCAUCCUCGGUUGAUGAUACUUCAAAAGCCGGUAAAGAAGACUCAGGAACAGAUGUUCCAGCACAAGCAGCAUCAUUUCAGGAUGAAACUGUCGAGUCUAGUCAGGUAGCUAGUUUGGAUGUGCUUAACCUUCAGUCAGCUUCUGAGCAUGUGGGAGAUGGAUAUUGUGAAAACACCAAGACAACCGAAAAUAUAGAAGGAAAUUCCCAGCCCCAGUAUAACAAUCCAGUGGUUCUUGAUAAGAUGAAUAACUUAGGUGUAAAUACUGGAACAGAGUCAAAUGCUUUGCCAGAAUGUUGCUCUUGCAGUACUUCAUCAUCAGUUUCAAAGGAACCCAGUCAUGAAAGUUGGCCUGCAUACCGCAAAAAGCUGCGGAAAGUCUUAUUUAAGCGAGACAAGAAGAGUCAUAAAAGAAACGAGACAUUUGAAAGAGCUCUUUUCAUUGUAAAUACCAUGACAAAGGUUGAUGUGGCAUGGCAAGAUGGAACUAGAGAAUUUGGGUUGGAGUCAACUUCUUUGAUUCCAAUUCACAGUCCAAAUGAUCAUGAAUUCUUUCCUGAACAAUAUGUGGUGGAGAAGGCCUCGAAUGAAGGAGAUUAUUCUUCUGAAACAAAACGCGUGGGUGUUGUAAGAAGUGUGAACUCAAGGGAGCGAACAGCAUGUGUGAGGUGGCUUAAGCCUGUUUCCAGGCCUGAAGAGCUGCGGGAGUUUGAUUGUGAUGAAGUGGUGAGUGCAUAUGAACUUGAUGGGCAUCCAGAUUAUGAUUAUUGCUAUGGGGAUGUGGUUGUUCGCUUGCCCCCAGUUUCAACUUCUGGUGAUACAAUCAAUAUUGAAGGUCAUGUGGAGAAACAAGAACAACAUGCUGAUCCAGUGGAAACUGAAGGUGAUGGUAGCAGGGAGAAUGAUGAAGCAGAGCAGGUCCCAAAGGAUGAAGAUUCUUCAAAUUUUGCAUGUACAUGGGUAGGAAAUAUAAUUGGUCUUGAAGAUGGCGAUAUUGAAGUUCAGUGGGCUGAUGGGACUGUCUCAAAGGUUGGACCUCAAGCAAUCUAUGUUGUUGGUAGAGAAGAUGAUGGAGACUCAUUUGAUGGUGGAAGUGAAGUUAGUGAUGAUGGCGCUAGUUGGGAAACAGUUGAUGAAAAUGAAAUGGAUACACACGACAAUACUGAAAAGGAAGUUGAUUCGCAAGGUCGUGUUGAUAAUUUCGUUGAAAGGGAAACUAGCACUAUAACUUCCGAAGAGGAUAAUAAUGCUGGACGAAAUGGGCCACUUUCAAUGCCUCUAGCUGCUCUUGGCUAUGUCACUAGACUGGCCACUGGAUUGUUUUCUCGUGGUAGAAAACAAUCAGAUCCAUCAGGUUUAGAUCACAUGAUUGAAAAUGAAUCUGAAUCUGAUGAGAUUCUCGAGGUUUCAGAGAAAGAAACCAAUUAUGAGGCCAGCUACGAAAAAUCUGAAGCCCUUGAUGUUGUGCAAAAUGUGCACAAGGUUGCUGAGGUACAUAGUCAGACAGCAACAGCAGAAGAUGCUGAGGAAAAAAUGGAGGAUGUUCCAGAUAGCUCCACAUCUGAUGAUCCUCAUAGCUUCAAACACUUUGAUAUUGCUCAAAACCCAUUGGACCAUCAUUUCCUUGGUGGGACUGGACAGAGCACUGGUGGAAGAAAGUGGGUGAAAAAGGUUCAACAAGAAUGGAGCAUCCUUGAAAAGAACCUACCAGAUGCUAUUUAUGUCAGAGUUUAUGAGGAUCGUAUGGAUCUCGUAAGAGCUGUAAUUAUUGGAGCAUGUGGAACACCUUACCAAGACGGCCUUUUCUUCUUUGACUUUCACCUUCCACCAGAUUACCCUCAAGUUCCACCGUCAGCGUACUAUCAUUCUGGUGGUUUGCGUGUAAAUCCAAAUUUAUAUGUGGAUGGGAAGGUUUGCUUAAGCCUUUUAAAUACAUGGACUGGCAAAGGAAAUGAAGUUUGGGACCCAUCGUCCUCGAGCAUCCUUCAAGUCCUAGUUUCACUCCAGGGCCUGGUUCUCAAUUCUAAACCAUAUUUCAAUGAAGCAGGGUAUGAGAAGCAGGUUGGGACUGUUGAAGGAGAGAAGAAUUCUUUACCCUACAAUGAGAAUACUUACUUGCUAAACUUGAAAACGAUGUUGUAUCUGCUGAGAAGACCUCCCAUGCAUUUUGAAGAGUUCGUCAAGGACCAUUUCCGAAGGCGUGGUCAUUAUAUUCUUAAAAGUUGUGAAGCAUACAUGGAAGGCUGUGUCAUCGGUUCCCUCACAAAGGAUGCUUGCAUGACUGAGAAAAGCAGGGAGCAUUCUUGUUCAGUCGGUUUCAAGCUUACACUAGCAAAAAUUUUGCCCAGGCUGAUCAUGGCAUUUAAGGAAGUUGGAGUUGACUGCCACCAAUUUGAACACCUGCAGAAGUCCGAAAACAUCCCAGAAAGUUGAGCUGCCAAAAGUUUUCUCCUUGGUGUUGUUUCGUCAAGGUGGUUUUUACAUGCCUCAUAUGGUUUUGUCUCAUGCACGUGGACAUCUACUCACAAUUUUCUUGCUUUCAUGAAGCAUUUGGGAAUCAAUUCCUGAAUGCUGUUUAUUGUUUCCUCUGCCCGUUUUGGAAACUGGGAGCCAAUCUGCCUUGUAUUCUCCCCAUUAUUUUGAACUGCAAGGGCUUCUUGGAAGUUGAACUGCAGCUCCUUCAUGUUAUAACCUACAUUUCUGUCAUCGUUCACAUUAUUCGAAGAUUGAAGAAAAUAAACAUGUCCGCCUUUUUUACAAUGAAAGUUGUAGGUGCAUCUGCUUAUGCUGACGGCCAUA